UUCAAGACGGUCAAGCUACCCGCGCGAGCGUCAGACGGGAGUUCCGACGCCGACGCGAGCCGCGAGGAGUCGGCCAGGUGUUUCCACACCUGGCCGCGGGGUUUGGUGAGCAUGCUCGCGCCCCCCGACCCGGCGGGGACGCUGUCGGGGGUGAUCAUCCUCCCAGGGGGUGCCCACGCGGGUGCCCACGGGGGUGCCCACCGGGGUGCCCACCGGGGUACGUGGACCUGGGACGCCGUCGCCGACGAGGACGACGUGCGAGCGCUCUUCGAGGAUAAGUUCCCGGACGCCUUCAACGGCGCCCCGGUCCCGCCCGAGGCGGUGGCGCAGAUUUUGGCGCAGACACCCCGGCGCGGCGGCGUCACCACGCACUGCUCGCGGCUCGCGAACGCGGACGGGUCGGUGGCGUUGGUGGGCGACGCCGCGCACUCGUGCUGGCCGUCCCUGGGGCAGGGCGCCAACUGCGCCCUGGAGACGGCGCAGUACCUCGCCUACUCGAUCGAAUCGAUGCCGGACGAUCUGCGCGGUGCCGUGCGACGCUUUGACGAGGUGCGCACGCCGCAGGUGCACGCGUGCGGUCGUCUGUCCGAGGCGGGGUUCGGCGGCGUCGCCAGGCGAGCGGGUAACUUUUUGUUCUUCGCCAAGAUCGGGUUGCUGGCUCUGCUGAACAAGGCGAUGCCGUUCUUCUUCGAUAAACCCGCGCUGGCGAACAUAAACGACCCGGCGUGGGCGUACGACGACGUGGAGGACGCGGUGGCGCAGGAGACGCAGGCGCUCGCCGCGUUCGGGGGAGUUUUGCUGGCUGCGUCGAUUGGCGUCGCGGUGUUCGGAUGGGAACGUUUCAUCGGCGCGAGCGUCGGCGCCGUGAAGGCCAUCGCGCUCGGUGAAGGGACGCGGGCGGACGAGGGCGCCGCGCUGGUCGCGUUAGGGUCAGCCGCGGCGAUGACGGGUCUGUUCCGGUGGCUCGCGAAGAGGCGUAGGGAGCGAAGGAAAGGGAACACGUCGCCGGCUGUCUUCGCGUCGCCGAGCGGGGGAGGCGCGGCGGCUGCGGCGUGAGCGAGGCGACGCGUCUUCUCUUGCUCUGCUCAUCGGUAAUACAACAUGAUAUUCGUACGU